GGUCUCUGCAGGUUUACAGGAAAUACGAGUAUCAGGAAGUAGGGCUACAAACUUUUGUGAGUUUUGUUGUGUCGCCAAAAGUCACAAUUGUGGCGUUUAAAAUUUAACUCUGUUAAAGACCGGAUACACACUGUGUUCCAAGAAAAUCAGGUGUGAAAGCGUGUGAACGCCUCCUGCGUCUAAGUCUAAGGACCAGCUGAGGAGACCAUGAAUCGAGUCCCCCUGCAGCAGCCGCAGAGCUGUGGCCCCUGGGAGCUGAAGGAGCGGCUGGGCACCGGAGGCUUUGGGAAUGUCACAAGAUGGCAAAACAAGGACACAGAGGAGCAGAUCGCUAUAAAGCAGUGUCGUCAGGAGCUGAGCGAGAGAAACAAAGAGCGAUGGUGUCUUGAGAUCCAGAUCAUGAGGAGGUUGGAUCACAUGAACGUUGUUGCAGCCAGAGAGGUUCCAGAGGGUAUGCAGAAACUAGUAGCCACCAUUGACCUGCCUCUGCUGGCCAUGGAGUACUGCCAGGGAGGAGAUCUGAGGAAGUAUCUGAACCUUCUGGAUAACUGCUGUGGAAUGAGGGAGGGCUCCGUUCUGAUUCUGUUACGGGACAUUUCUUCAGCUCUGACCUACCUCCAUAAGAAGAGGAUCAUCCACAGAGAUUUGAAGCCAGAGAACAUUGUGCUACAGCAGGGAGAGAAGAGACUGAUCCACAAGAUUAUCGAUCUCGGCUAUGCUAAAGAGCUGGACCAGAGCAGCCUUUGCACGUCAUUUGUGGGAACACUGCAGUACUUAGCUCCAGAGCUCAUCGAGAGGCAGAGGUACACGGUCACUGUGGACUACUGGAGCUUUGGGACUUUGGUGUUUGAGUGCAUCACAGGAUUUCGCCCUUUCUUACCGACCUGGCAGCCAGUUCCCUGGCACAAUAAACUGAGGCUGAAGCAGGACGAUGACAUUGUUGUCUAUGAAGACCUCUCAGGGGAAGUCCGCUUCUCCAAACAUCUGCCCCAGCCCAACAACCUCAACAGUCUCUUAUUAGAGAAAAUGGAGAAAUGGCUGAAGCUGAUGUUAAAGUGGUCUCCUCAGGAGAGAGGCAAAGACCACGAUGCUACGCCCAGUGACUGCUUCUCCCAGUUGGAGCUCAUACUGCAGCUCAAGCUGGUUCAUGUCCUGAACAUGAUGUCUGCUAAGAUCCUGACAUACUCCAUCUCGGACGAGGAGACUGUGGCCGACCUGCAGCUGAGGAUAGAAAAAGACACUGGUAUCCCUGCAGCCAAUCAGGAGCUGCUGCUGGAAGCGGGAUUGGCCUUGGAGCCUAAUGGGCUGGCCACACAGUGUGCCAUAGAUUACACAGAAAUAGAUGGGCGACGGACAGACUUGCCCUUGGUCUUCCUGUUUGAUCGCUCCUCUUGCAGUUAUGAGCCCCAGUUUGCUCCUCGCACCCUCCCUGAAAAUAUCCGCUUUGUUCAAACUGACCCUAAGCACGUUCUGGCUUACAGCCCUCUGAGGAGGACAAGCGGCCAGGCAUGGCACACCAUCCGCUCCCUGAAGGAAGACUGGCAAAGACUGCAGCAGGGGCAGAAAGCUGCCAUCAUGAGCCUGCUGAGACACAACUCCUCACUGUCCAGACAAAAGAAUGAGAUGGUGUCCAUGUACCAGAGACUCACGGCCAAGCUGGACUUCUUCACCACCAGCCUUCACAUAGACAUGGACAAAUACCAGGAGCAGACAGCCACUGGGAUUGCGUCAGAGAAACUCCUCUGCGUGUGGAGGGAGAUGGAGCAAACUGCUGUCAGCUGUGGUCAGGCCAAGGUGAGUGAACUGGAGGAAGAGAUGAUGCAGCUGCAGCCAGACAUAGUGGAUGUACAGAGGCAGCCGUGGAGGAGUGGAGAGGCCCUGGACACACUAGAAGGAAAGGCCAUGGAACUGUUCCGCAAACUCAGAGAAAAGCCCAGAGACCAGAGAUGUUCAGGAGACAGUCAGGAGGUGGUGCGCCUGGUGGUUCAGGCUGUGCAGUUCUACGAGAGGAAGCUCAGAGACUUCUACACACACCUCAGUAAGACAGCUGUGUGCCGUCAGCGUGUGAUGGAGCUGCUGCCAAAGGUGGAGGGUGUAGUCCAGAAGAUGGCGGAGAGUGAACAAGUCCUGAUGAGUCUGCAGGAGAGGCGACAGAGGGAGCUGUGGAACCUGCUCAAAGUCGCUUGUAGCAAAGUUCGCAGCCCAGUGAGUGGGAGUCCUGAUGGAUUACGAACCCCCUCAUCAGUGCCGCCUCUUCUGACCCCCAGACACAGCUUACAGCAGCUUGAUGAGUCUCUUGUGGAGCAGAGCAGGACGUUUGAGAGUCGACUCCAGAGUUUGCUGCAUGACACCAUCCAGGAAUCAGAAAGCAGUAUGGAGAUGUUGAGGGAGUGGACGUGGCUGAAUGGAAGCCAGAGUUUCUCCAGUGACCUCUCUUAAAUUGGGUUUCAGUCUCUGAUUAUAUGUGGUACUGUGCUGCCUCAGUGUGGAUGGGAUGUCACACUACAUGGGGAUGUAGUACCAGCUGUUUUAUCUGACAAUGUGAAUGGAGUAAUAGCUGCUGGCACAUAUUUGCUUAAUGAGAUUAAAGGGUAGGUAAACCUACUCAUUGCCAAUAUUUAGAGCACUGAAGCCAAAUCUAACUCUGAUAAUAAUUUAUAUCAGAGGAUUAUUAUUUAUUUACUGUAAUGUAUUCAAUGGUUUAUUUAAACAAAUCAUUGAAUACAUUGGAGUAAAAUUGCACCUCAUUAUGCACAGAUCAACCAUUCCACUGAUUCUGUCAGAUGAUCCUACAAAAUUGUGUUUAAACUUAAACUGUUUGUAAAGUCAUAAUAUUCCCUCAGUCUUAGAGAAUGUGGAGAGGCUUGCAGACUGCACAAAGCUUCAAACUGGAUCUAUCUUGAAACAGCUGAAACACACAAAGAGCAAAUAUUAGCCUCAAAUUUACGUAUGAGAGAAUUGUGAAUGUAAAUGUGUUACAGAAUUGUAACCAGAAAUAUUUCCUGUCUUAGUUUUGAAACAACAUUAUUUAGUUACAUUAGUUUCAACAUAUUUGGUGGAGUUUUUAUUCAAAAACUACAGAUUGUAUUUUAAGACUUAAGCACAGUCUUCACAAGUAAAAAAUAAUGGGUUUUAGUUAUAUUCCUAUUAUAAGCAUCUCUGCCUUGAACAGUGUGUUAUUUCCCAAAAUGUAAAUGUGUAUAAGUUUUUCUGUUUCUCACUGGACCAUUAUUUUUAAUGCAAAUUUCAUUUUAAAAAGCCAAUCAUUGAACAUGGGAGACUAUAAUAACUGUGAACAUGAUCAUAUUUUUUUUACAUCCACUGAAAAAGAUAUGGGAGGUGGACACAAUAACAGGAACACCUGUACAAUAGGGUGCAGUCCAGUAACCCUGCAAUAAUGUAAAGAGUUGCAGAGCUUGUAAUGUUAAAUAUUAUAUAUAGAGAUUGGGUAUGUGGUGAUGUUUGUAGCCAUACUGAAGACAACACUAACAUAUCCCAUUACUCUCGUUUUGAUCCAAGAUAAUACACAUGGUUUAUGGUUUAAACCGUAAUUGGUUUUGAAACAUUAACUUGUUUUAUUGAAACUAUGCAAAUGCAAAAAAGUCACAUUUAUAGAUUUUUGUAAAACUGUGAAAACAGUUAGUAAAUUAACUACAUUUUAAUUGCACCUUGAUUGUAUUAUUGUGUUUUAGGUAUGACUGCUACUGCAACAUGAUGCUGUGCAGCUGCAUCAUGAUUUGCAUCAAAGCUGUGCCCAUCUUAAUUCCAAUUAUCGGAGGUAGUCUUUACUGUAUAUAGAUCAUACAAAGUGAGAGAUGUUACAUCAUCAAGUGUCUGUGAUAUCUUGAAUUUCUAUUUGUGUACAUACUCUAUGUUGUUAAGAUUGUAAUGUCAGAAUAAUCGACAUUUCUGUCAUCAUUUCUUUUUAAAAAAUUGGAUUUUGUAUCUUGAAUACAGUGUCUUAUUGUACUGUAAAUGAUCUUUUUCUUUGAUUAUUUUCCAUUUUUCUGAGAAUGAGGGCACAAGUUCUCUUCCUCCACUGUUUCAUGCCAACCAAAAAUGUAAAAAAAACAAAAAACAAAAAAAAACACCCAUUAAUAUAAAGUUUUACAUUCUUUAUUCCAUUAAUUCAAUAAAAUUAGUUUGAGGUCCUAACUGUCGACUAACUUUCCUAUACAAAGCACAGCACAGAUAAAGUGAAAUGUAGUGGGAAAGGUUGAACAGGUACAGGACACAAAACGAGACAAGACAAAGAGGUGACACAGAGCUCCAAAUUGCCAUCGGCCCUUUUUUUUUUUUUUUUUUUUU